ACAUUAAAAGUAUUAAUUUUGAGCACAACAAACGCUUAUUGCAGUCUCGAGUAGCUGUGUUUGAGUUCAAAAGUGAGUCCUUAGAUAAACAACUGGCAGAAGAAAAGGAGAAUGAAAAGCGCAUUCAAUCAACUGUUCCAGUAAAAUUGACUACACAAUCUUAUAUGGAUAAGAAAGCAAUGGAAUCGGUACUCAAGACGCUUAGAACGUUGGAAAAUUUUUAUAAAAUUACUGGAACUGAUAAUAUGAGUGCUGAAAGCACAGAAAGUCUCUGGAAAGAAAUUCGUAUCAACUUGUCUGAUAUACCAAACGCUUCAAUAUUUAAGGCUGUUAUGUAUCUUAAAGAUAAACAACUACAAAAUAUUAAAGCUAUGAAUAAACAUAUUUCAAAUAAAUGUCUCGGCUUCUUAUAUAGCCCGUCAACAAAAAAAGAGUCUUUUUCUUCGUAUAAAAUAAAAUUAGCAAAAGCGAAGGCAAGUCUCUUAGGCGUGGUAUCGAAAUAUAUUAAAGCACGAAAGGAACGCACACAGCUUGAGGAAUAUUUCGUCAAAAUUUAUAUAGAAUUUGUGGACAAGUUGCAACAUAAGUUGAAUUUGAAUACCAGCAAAAGCGAUGAGGUUGUGGAGGACAUAAUGUCGAAUUACCUUCUUCAAUUAACCUCAAUAAACUUUUCAAACAGCGAAAAUGAAUAUCUAGAAAAACAAAUAGAACAUUUAAGGACUGAUAUCGAAAAUACUAAUAUGCAAAUACAAAAUCAUGAGGUUCUUCUUGGCUUUAUAAGGAAAGUUUAUUGUGAUAUAAAUGCAUCAGUCAAUCGCUUACAGUUUGAAAUGAUACAGCUAAGUCUAAUUAAAAGUAAGAUAGUUUAUUCUAAGAAUGUAUUGCAACAAAUGUUGAAUCAGAUGAAAUCCUCCGCUAGCACUACGAGUAGAUGGUCCAUGGAUUUGCGUAAUUCAUUUUUGCAACCACAAAAGAAAAUCAAUGAUAUCACAUUCAGUGCUGAAAGUUUUGCGAUGGGAACUGAAAACGUACUCUGCAGUACCAAAUUUGAUUUUGAUAAUACAGUGAGCUCCCUUAGCAGUAACACUCUUCUUCAGAGUUUCUGUUCUGGGGACACAACUAUCAUAAGUACUGGUACAAAUAAUAAUUUACCAGCAUAUCUGUUAGAAUUAAAUAUUUUUGCUGAGACUCCAAUUGAACAUUUCAGCCGCAUGGCCCAACAAUGCGCAUUUCACCUCUCUCCAAAUCCAAUUGUCACUGCGACUCAAGAGCUAUCCCCAGCAGUACAAUUCACACCAGGUGCUUUAUUAACAACUUACGGAGCCUUGAAUGAAAUAAUUUCACGCAUCAAGCUAGCUAAGCACUUUGCCAGAUCUUCUGGUGAUGCCAAAUUUAAAUUGGAUUUGAUACAUAUUGAUACUAACUUGUUGAACGAAAAACAAAAACUACAACAAGAGCGUAUAUUGCAAAUCUUUGAUAAAAUAAAAGAAACGAACGUUAGCACUGAUUAUAUUUUAAAUAAAUGCUCGAAACUAUACAAUUUUCGUUUAGAAAAUCCUUUGAGACAUUAUAUUCCACCUUCCAAAACCUUCAACGAUCAAACCUAUUCAGAAUAUGAAUCCGAAUAUAACUUAUACUAUCGUUUGGCAACAGAAGAUACUUCCACAAAUUAAAUUUUUUAUACAUUAAAUUU